GUGAAUGAGAUAGAGACAGUUUACGGACUAUUUGAUUCGUUGCAAUAAAAGAAGGAACAUAAUAGCCUUCUGAUUUUCUUCACUUGCCUACCUGCAGUUAUAUUGCAGGUGUGUUACCGUCAGUUAGUUUAUUCGAAAGUCUUAUUUAUCAUAUUCAAAACAUUUACGAGUCAGUUGUGUGAUUUUAAUUUAUUUAAAUUACCAGUGUCCACAAAUUCUCUAAAGGAACACUUAUGGAUUUGGAGAAUAGCCUCGAGCCAUUCUUCUAUUGGCAUGGCAAAUUACAUUAUUAAACUCCAAAUGCAAAACGACAUUUGGAUACUUUCGUGGAGAAGGAGACUGUGCCUAGGCUAUAGAAAACAUAAAUUGAAUUCGCAUUUGAAUCACUGCUAUGUUUUGAGACGACAAACACCUCAGGCUGAUUCCAGGAUAUUUGAUCCGUGUUCAUGCGGAGGACCAUGACCAUGAACGGUCACCAGACUCAAACCACAGUGCCAUUGGAUUUGCGCACCACAAAGAGGGAGUGUGGGAACGGUGCCGACUGGACUCCCACCAGCAAAGGUCUCUCCGUUCGGGUGAGAGUGCCGUAUCCCACUGCCCCACUCACGGAGGAUGACUGUCCAAACGGAAAUCCCAGCCCUACUGUGGAGCCGCUGGCGCAUCGUUGUGGAUCAUCGUUGAUAAAACCUCCUGUGAACACGGGAAACCCGGCAGUUCUGGAGAAAAAACACUCCCCAGCUGUAACUUCUCACACGCCAUUCCCUCCGAACCCUGGUGAGCGCAGCACAACAGACACACGAACACAGGACAUAUCUUCCUCGAGGCUUCCUUUUAGGAAACGUCAAUUUCCAACCGAAUGGGAGACGCCGGAACAGUCACGUACCCCACCCGAGAGAGAGGAGCGCUUAUCCCCCUACAAAGACUUGUGCUACAGACCGAGUCCUCCAAAUAUUUUUUUACAGAGCUACGACAAUGAGAAUAUUGGUUCCCUGGCAUCCGUCUCACACAGACAAUUGUCCGUCGCCAGCGGUUUUGACAAUGGACACCAAAGCGUCGGUCCGGUUCGUUCAAUGCAAGCACCCCGUCCUUACUAUCCCUAUCCAGGGUACCCAUUCUACUCCUGGCCCAGCAGGUCACCGCUGGUUGUGAACGUGCCUGUCUCUCACCUCCCGUCCUCUCUUUACCCGACGGGACACACCGAACACCUGCUGGCAGAUGUUGCCCAGGCGACGUGCCAAGAUGACGACGGCGACACGGCUAUUCACAUAGCAGUGGUGCAGGGGCAGGACGCUCAGAUCCAAAGAAUGAUCCUUCUCCUGGGACUGGUUCACACAGACCUGGACAUUUACAACAACCUGAGACAGACCCCUCUUCAUCUGGCUGUGAUUACCCAUCAGGCCCAGCUGGUGGGGGCGUUGCUGCGUGCGGGUGCUGACCCGCGGGCCCUGGACCGUAACGGUCAGACAACGGUCCACCUCUGCUGUGAACACGGCCAGCAGGCCUGCCUCUCUGUGGUCCUUUCCCACCCCUCCAUCUUGACUUGCCUGGAGGUCAGGAACUAUGAGGGCCUCACCCCUCUCCACCUAGCUGUACAGGGUGGACACAAGGAGCUGGUCAGAAUGCUGCUGGAUGCUGGGGCGGACAUCAACGCUGUGGACAUCAAGAGUGGCCACAGUCCUCUCAUACACGCAGUAGAGAACCACAAUAUGGACAUGGUGCACUUCCUCAUAGAGAAUGACUGUAAUGUGAAUGGCCAGUCGUACAGUGGCAACACGGCCCUGCACAGUGCCUGUGGGCGAGGCCAGGUAGACACAGCCAGGCUGCUACUGAAGAACAGAGCCGACAGCAGUGUGAAGAACUACCACAAUGACACCCCCGCGAUGGUGGCCAAGAACAAGAAGGUAACAGAUGUACUACGAGGGAAGGGCUCCAGAAACCAGCAGCCCAAAGCUCAGCAGUGUGUACCAGCCUCACCACACAGGAGCACACCCCAGUCACAGAACAGAGGUAAUGGUGAGACGAGCACGUAUUUUGAUGUCAUGCAUUCGGGCACACAGUUAACUCAUCACACCCCUCCUCUGUCCCCAGGUUCCCCAUCUCCCAGCCUUUCACCAUUGGCCACUCCCACAGCUUCGCCUCUUCACCACAGCGCAUCCCAUUCCCCCAGGGCACCUCCCACUCCCUCCCCUCACAGCCAAUCAGCAGAGAGCCUGUCAGGCCGCCAGUCUCCAAUGAAGAUCCAGGAGAGCGAGCAGCUGCCUGUGAGGCUUGGCUCCGACAGGAUGACUGCAGUGGACAACAGCCUGGCCCAGAGAAGGACCUACUCACUGACCCACAGCUACCCUCCAGCAAUGCACCACCAGCCCCCCAUCACUGAUGCUCCUAUAGGACAUCUACUAGCCUACUACUCCCCUGGAGUCCAGAGACCUCUUUAUCCAGAGCCUCCCUUUAUCCUCCUCCACACCAACAUCCCUUACCCAGCCACUGUCUCUACUGCCUCCCAAAUGACCCCUGGGCAAUCCCGGCCCUCCAGCCACUGCAGCGACCAAUCAGAUGUCUCCAUCACGAGCGUCAAUAUGAGCAAAGGUAACAGUUGACAAAGAGGUGCGCUUUCAGUGUCCCUGCUGAGUUAGGUUCCACCACUGUUUGAGUUAUUGGUUGGUGACUAGAAGGACUUGAGCUUAAAACAAGGAGGAAGUUUAUUUACUACUGUUGGACUAUAGAGCCUAUGCUGGUAUGAUUAUGUACUUGUAGCGCUCAGCUGGAUGCAUAUGGAUUUGUAAAGAGACUAAUACGCUGGAAGAAUGAACGUUAUUGCAGUUUCCUGAAUAGACUUAAUUCAGAACUGUUAUCACCGUGUGUGUGAUGGCUGUGUGGAAACUGGAGCUCCACCAGGAGGUCUUGAAUGUCGCUACCUUACUUGAAAUUCAUGAUUAUUUUUCAGGCUCUCUUUUCUGGGUAACUGUUGUUUACUUUGAAUAAUGUAGAAUUGAUAAG